AUGGAGGAAACACGGUCACUGGCGCCACACGCAGACUCGUCAUAUUUCCCCGCGGGGUCCUCGAAGGAGGAUAUAUAUAAACAAGUCAUACAGCAGACAAAGGGCCUGAUAGAAGGACAACGGCAUUGGUUCAGCAACACUGCAAAUGUGGCCUCCCUCCUAUGGCACGCCUAUGCCAGUCUGCCUGCUCCCUCAUCCUCCGUAAACUGGGCAGGCUUCUAUAUCCGGGAGGAUAAAUUCCCCUCCUCCAUACCCGAAUCCUCUCUCUCCAAAACAAAGCUUUUGCUAGGCCCCUUCCAGGGUAAACCUGCCUGCCAAUGGAUCAAUUUUGGUAAAGGAGUUUGCGGCACUGCGGCUGAAAAGAGAGAGACGGUAAUUGUACCCGAUGUGCUGAAUUGGGAAGGACAUAUUGCCUGCGAUGCAGACAGUAGGAGUGAGAUUGUUGUUCCUAUCCUAGUAAAUGGAGAGACUGUUGCAAUCAUCGAUAUAGACUGCGCUGAACCCUCAGGGUUUGACGAGGUUGACAAGAAAGGUCUUGAGGAACUUGCGACCGUGUUGAUGGAGAGUUGUGACUGGUGA